AUGGCAGCAGCGCCCCUCGGCACUACUCUUCGCCCUCCCUACUCACAACAUUACACAUCGCCAGUUAUAAUCAGACAAUUCCAGGCGUCAGCAGUGGAAAAAGAACUGGAUGCUAUGAAUUGUUCAGCGUCGGUUUUGAUGGUCUCUUCACAAGGUCCAGCAAAAGGUGUUGUAAAGCAUGUAUGUCAACAGAUCGUGACUCUAAUUGAUCAUGAACAGAAGAAAACUAUUUGGAUGACGAUCCCACAGUAG